GCAUUUGUAUCUGUUUGUUAAUCAAUGCAUGAAAACAUUGAACAAAGAAUGCCGUUUAGCAUCUAAAUUGUUAUUCACAGAUGGCGUCUCCAUUCGAUCAGUAUUAUUAUAAUGAUGUGUAAUAUCAAUUUUAUUGUUUUUGAAAUAUAGUCUAUAGGAAUACCGAUUAAGGGUUUAAGUUUCAGAGAUCAAUGGAAGGAUUUAAUUAGAUUGAUAUCACAGAUGGUAUCAUUAAGUAAUCUAUACCAUCAGAUCAAAUAGUUGACAUUUUAUUUGUUCAUUUUAGUUUUUAUGAAUAAAUAAAGGCACACUAAGGUACCAGAUUGGGCUACUGGCAUUAUACACGAUGGGAUUCAAAAUGAAUGUUCUUCUUUUAACGAGUGUGUUAAUUAUUUCGAAACUUACAUUAGUAAGAGGAUUCGGUGAAGCGUGUCCUCUCGGAGCAUCAGACUGUGCCGCAACAAUUGAGGCAUGUACUGAUGGUACUUGUGUUUGUGCCACGGGUUAUACAGACAAUGGCGGAACUUGUGAAGACAUCGACGAGUGCAAUCCUAGCCCAUGUCUCAAUGGGGCCGCGUGCUCGGACCAGGUGAACGCAUACACAUGCAGCUGUGUGGCUGGAUGGGAGGGCACAAACUGUGACACUAACAUCGACGACUGCAAUCCUGACCCAUGUCAAAAUGGAGCCGCGUGCUCGGACCAGGUGAACGCAUACACAUGCAACUGUGUGGCUGGAUGGGUAGGCACAAACUGUGAAACUGACAUCGACGAGUGCAAUCCUAGCCCAUGUCUCAAUGGGGCCGCGUGCUCGGACCAGGUGAACGCAUACACAUGCAGCUGUGUGGCUGGAUGGGAGGGCACAAACUGUGACACUAACAUCGACGACUGCAAUCCUGACCCAUGUCAAAAUGGAGCCGCGUGCUCGGACCAGGUGAACGCAUACACAUGCAACUGUGUGGCUGGAUGGGUAGGCACAAACUGUGAAACUGACAUCGACGAGUGCAAUCCUAGCCCAUGUCUCAAUGGGGCCGCGUGCUCGGACCAGGUGAACGCAUACACAUGCAGCUGUGUGGCUGGAUGGGAGGGCACAAACUGUGACACUAACAUCGACGACUGCAAUCCUGACCCAUGUCAAAAUGGAGCCGCGUGCGUGGACCAGGUGAACGCAUACACAUGCACCUGUGUGGCUGGAUGGGAGGGCACAAACUGUGAAACUGCAUCCGGUGGAGGCGGCACGAACUACUGCAGCCCAGACCCCUGCCAGAAUACUGGAACAUGCGCGGACACCGGAAGUGGGUAUACUUGUGACUGUUCUGAAACUGGGUAUUCGGGAACAGACUGUGACACAGAUGAAGAUGAAUGCAGUAUCGGAACUCCUUGUAAGAAUGGAGGCACAUGUACAAACACAGCAGGAAGUUUCACAUGCGACUGUACAGACACCGCGUUCACUGGAGACACAUGCGAGAACGGUACAGUGCGACCCGGCGUCAUGAUCGGCGUUGUGGUGCUGGCAUUGUUAUUAUUGUUCCUGUAUUAAACCACUUGGACUCGAGGAGCUGUUUUGUCCUGCGGAAGAGGUGAUGGAAAUGCUCGCCAGAUGGAAAUAAUUGAACAUUGUAAAAGUGUUGAUCUUAAACUCCAUUCAUUGUACAAAUGCAUGAACUUUACAUGUGUGUGGUUGAAUAUUUUUAUUUUAAACGGCGAAAUGCAUUCUUCUUAGCUCAUAUUCUCUAAUUUUAUCCUUUAGAAUUGCUCUUUUAUAUUCUUUAUCUGACAAUAGUUAAGGUGUUGUUCUUUGAAAAUUACUUUUUGAUAUUUAGCUUUAACAUAUAAGUAUUUGUGUUUAUUUUGUAUUCAUCAAAUGACGCUUCAUGUAUUAAAAGUUAAUUCUCUACAAAAAUAACUUAUGGGCCACAUAAAGAAACUCAAUAUAUUUUUUUUUUAUGUAAAUUGGUAUAAUAUAUGAAAUUAUUUGUUAUAUUUUAUUUUAUUUAGCAAUUUCUGAAAGUAUUUUCAAACUUUUUGAAUAAAAAAUAGUACUUCUCACAUCACCCAAACCUAUGUAAGAAUGACCACUAAUGAAAUCAUACCCAAGGCCAAACGCAUCCCGACACAUUAUUGAUUGUUGGCAUACCAGUCACCCGUUAUUAAAAUAAGACGGCAUAUACUCAUUAUUUACUUAUUAACGAAAUGGUUUCCAUUAAAGCGUGUGCAUUUUUUUGUAUUUUCCAGUAAAAUUUAGAUGAACAGUGUCGAACCGCAUACCGGUCUAAUAGAUUACGAACGUCUACUAUAUCUGCAUUUAGAAACUGCAAAUCUAUGCAGUUUACAAUCUCUGACUUCAAUUGCUUGGCACCAUUCGCCAUAUAGUAGCCAUCUUUGAUAGUAAUUCUCCGUCAAAUUAAAUUCAUAGACUAUCUUUGUACACUUUCUCAUUUCAAAAACACUUUUAGGAACAUUUUUUGUGUUUAUGGAGUGGAAUGCGUCGUUUUGUUUCUACCAGCAUGAUGCAUGACAACGAUUACCUCCUUGUCAUACUUUAAUUUAGCACAUGCAAAUGCAUUGUACAUUUUGAAAAUAGUAUUGAGAUUAUCGACAAACCACAAAAAAAAACAUCCAAAUGAGACCCAUUCAAAUUGAAUGUCAGCCAUUUGGAUGGACAUUAGAGUAAAAUUUUAUCUUGGUGCGAAACCACUGAAAACCUAAGAAUCAUAGAUAUACGACUGAAAUCAUUGCAUUUGAUCAGUACGGCUAAUCGUAAACAUAAACUCCAUCUUUACACGUCAUGUAAGUGGAAUGUUUUGAUAGCAUUUCACACUAUACAAGUAUAUGGUUUGCUCAUAUAAAACGUGGUCCUAAUAUUAUUUUGGCGAGUGAAUAUCGAUUUCCUUUUUAAUACCUAUUGAUAGUAUUUUUAAAGUCAUAAUGAUAGAUUAGAUCCUUAAACAUGUUUACACAAUUGUGAAAUCAAACCGAGUUUACUUUUUCUAACAAUUGCUAUUUGUUUAUCUCCGAUUUCAUUUUACAUGAUUACUGUUUCUAUAAAUGUGUAUUUUAGUGUUGUUAAAUUUUUACCUUCGCACGUGUUUUAAGAAGAUUUUGAAUAAAUGGAAAUAAAAGUCA